GAUCAAAUAUCAGGGACAGGAACCUGCCGGUUAUAGCACACUGCUCGUGCCCCGAUCUUUCGUUUCUUAGCCAGCGUCGAGUUAUAGUUAUAGCAUUGUGAACACGUGUUAAUCAACCAUAUACUACGGAGCAUAUUACAACCAUGCUAGCAGCUCGUAUCUUGGUUAUCCUGUGCGCUGUAUCGGCUGAAUUUCUUGAUUAUGGAUCAAAAUAUGAUAUGACAUCCCAAAAUGACGUUUCAUCACGUGACGUGACGGAAGAGCAAGAGCUUGAUCGUUUGCUAACAGAAAUUGUUGAUAGCAAAAAGAAAAAGUCAGAUGCCAAGCAACUCAGUUGCUACACUUGUGCCAGCACGGAAUCAUGGGAAAUGUGUGAAAAGAAUCAGGUUCUCAUUGAUUGCCCCGCUGACAUGACGCACUGCAUUACUGCAACAAUAACAAUCGACGGUGAGAUCGUCCCAAUAACAGAAUACUACAAAGGGUGUGUCCAAAGCAAGCGAUGUUAUAAAGAGCAUUAUCCAGCAUGCAAAGCGGGCUCUAAAGAAUCUGCCCAUUGUUCGAUCGAAUGUUGUGAUGAUGGACUUUGCAACAAGGAAACACGACCCGUGAAAAGAUCAUUUUCCUUCGACUGCAAACCACCCUGUCUGAUGUACGGCUCGCUUCAUGAAAUCAACGGGAUUGAACUUAUGACGUCACGUAAAGUCCCUGGCAUGACGUCAUUAUCACACGUCACUCCUGUUGAAGUUGAUAUGSCAACGAGAGCCAUUUACUGGAGUGACAAGACSAAGCAUGAGAUCAUGAGAACCAAUCUCGUGAAUGGAGUUUCCGAGGUUGUGAUUGGUGGAGAGAAUGGACGUUAUGAAGGUAUAGCGAUAGAAUGGAUUAGCAGAUUGAUUUAUUGGACUGAUAGAAAUAAUAAGAGAAUCGAAGUUGCAAAGACUGAUGGAUCAUCAAGACGGAUGCUUAUCAAUGAUGGCUUGGYAAAACCUAGAGCUAUUGCAGUUGAUCCUAAAUAUGGGUAUAUGUUCUGGACAGACUGGAGUGAGCUCAGACCCUGCAUUGAGCGUGCAUCACUGUCUGGUCAACACAGACAAGUUCUUAUUUCAACGAACAUUCACUGGCCAAACGGAUUGGUCUUGGACUAUAGCUCUAGAAAAGUCUAUUUCAGUGAGUCGCAUUUUCAUCGUAUUGAGUCAAUGAACUACGAUGGCUCUGAAAGACGUAUCUUAUAUACCGACCGUGCCAUCCAACCGUUCGACUUAGCGAUGUAUGGUUCAUCUUUGUUCUGGAGUGACUGGGGAACAAGAUCUGUUGAGAAAAUAAAURUCCAGACAGGGAAAAGACUAGGGAAUUAUGGGAUUCUUACUUCAGAUAGGAUUGCGGGCGUGGCAGUAGCGGACGUUUCCAGGCAACCACAAGUUGAUUCUCUCUGUGCUGUCAAUAAUGGAGAUUGCAGUCAUCUUUGCUUCACAACUGGCUUACAAUCACGUGACUGUGGUUGUCCAAAUGGAGUAAAACUAUUGGCUGACAAAAAAACAUGUGAUCUUGGUUUAUCAACGACUUUAGCUACAACACAUCCAACUACCAAAGAAUCAACAACACCUAGUACAAAACAAACCACGACGCCAUCAACUACAUUACCUACUACAACACCACCUACAACAACACGACAACCAACAACCACCGCRCCGACGACUGAACCAACAACUAUAAAGGCAGGCACUACACCCAGUUCAGGUGUAGCGAUACGUCUUGUGGAUGGAGCAUUACCAAGCGAGGGCCGUGUUGAAAUACGUUAUAAUGGUCAGUGGGGGACUAUCUGUGACAACCUUUGGGACCUUCGAGAAGCAAUGGUUGUGUGUAAAAUGCUUGGCUAUCCAGGUGCUGUAGCCGAUUUCCAUGGGGGCUUUUUCGGUGAAGGACGAGGUCCCAUAUGGCUUGAUGAUGUGAACUGCAUCGGUGAUGAAUCAAGUAUCGACAARUGUCGUCAUCCUGGCUGGGGAGUACAUGAUUGUAUUCAUGCUGAAGAUGCUGGUGUUAAAUGUCGUUCGCUUCACACAACAACACCAGUCCUACCAGUUCGUCUUGCUAAUGGGCGUGCCCCACACGAGGGGCGCGUUGAAGUGCGUCAUAAUGGGUUAUGGGGUACAGUAUGUGAUGAUUUAUGGUCCAAGACGGACGCUGCUGUUAUUUGUCGUAUGCUUGGAUACCCUGGUGCUGUAAUGGCUACCAGAGAGGCAUCAUUUGGUCAAGGUACUGGACCAAUUUGGUUGGAUAACGUUCGUUGUCUUGGUCAUGAGCAGUCCAUUGAAGAAUGUUCCCAUCAGGGGUGGGGUAAUAGUAAUUGUCGACACUUUGAGGAUGCGGGUGUUAUUUGUCAGCCAAAAGUUAUCGACCAACCGACAACUGCACCACCACCAGCAUUAAGUGGUUUCGCCAUCAUCUGUCUGCCACGUGCAAUGUACAUUAGAAUUUCCAAGAGGCAUCUCCAGGAUAUGACAUCACAUGACGUUCACCCAGACUCUCUACACUUAAAUGAUCCAUCAUGUGGCGUCGUCAGAGAAUCCAGAAGGCAUGUCCUUCUUGGAACACCACUGAACUCUUGYGGAACUAAACGCAGGCACAUGGCCGAUUCUUUAACGUUUACCAAUAAAGUUAUAGUUGAUUUGAGUGGUUUUAGGAAAAGAGUUAUUCGUUCGUCGCCGUUUGAAUUUCCKUUCAGGUGCUCAUACAUGAGGAGGAAUACUCGACGCGAAAUGGCGGCCCCUCCUCAACAUGAAAGACAUGGUCAAGGACGUAUAGGACAAUGGUGAUAGGUUAGAUAGAAGAUUUUCAUUUUUUACAAAAUUUUAGUAUAACGAAAUUUAUGUACUAGCACUGGAUUAAAGGUUGUAAAUUUGAUAUAAAUAUGAUGUAAGUGACCAAAAUUCUGUAAAUUUAAUGGAAAUCAUUUACACCAAAUUUACAGAACUUUGGAAACUUACAUCAUAUUUACAUCAAAUUUACAACCUUUAAAGCGCGCGAUUUUUUUUCA